CAACUUUUCUCUUAUUAUGGCUAAAUAUUCAAACUCUAAGUCCUUAAUAAUGCACUUCUCUUUAUUUUUCCUUUCUCUCCUAAUUACUUCUCCAUCUUUCUCACUAGCCCUCUCCCGAAACAACAUGUGUGAGUCCACCAGAUUUCCUUCUUAUUGCAAUACAAUGCUCCCCAAUCAAGAUACCGAUGUCCACAAUUUCGGCCGAUUUUGUGUGCGAAAAUCUCUGUCACAGUCUCACAAGUUGCUUAACUGGGUGGAGACUAGCCUCCAAGACCGUAACUCCGCCGAUUUGUCCAAACCUUUGAUCCGGCUUUUAGAGGAUUGCCGGGAACUCGCCUCGUCAAACGUUGACUUGUUAACCGACUCCAUUAUUCGAAAGGUCAACAAGACCAGUACUGUUCUUUCAACCUCGGAAGGUGACGACCUCCUGACCUCGCUGAGUACUGUCCUGACCAACCUCCAGACCAUCUCAGAUGAACUGGAAUCCACACCUUCGCCUUCGACCAUCAAAAACGAAAUCUCGCAGAUGAUCUCAAACGACACUAUGUUGCAUAGCGUGUCUCUCUCGCUCUGCAUCCAGGGUUGGGUUCCCAAGGAGAUGGACACGAAGCCGUUCCGGUCCAGGCGACACGCUGUUCGGAGAAACGGAAGGAUUCCUAUGAAGAUGUCCGACCUUAACCGAGCUAGGUUGGAGAAAGCUUUCAAACAUCGUAGGGGGCCUAGGCCGCCGAGGAUGAUGAUGAGGAAGCUUCUUCAGGUUGCGGAUGAAGAGGUUACGAUAAAGGACGUGGUGGUCGUGAGCCAGGACGAGAGUUGGAACUUCACCACCAUUAACGACGCCAUUGCCGCGGCACCGAAUAACUCUGCUGCUUCGGGCGGGUACUUCUUGAUAUAUAUCACAGCCGGGGUUUAUGAAGAGUACGUGACGAUUGCGAGUAACAAGAAGUAUUUGUUCUUGCUUGGAGAUGGCAUUAACCAGACCAUAAUUACAGGGAACCACAGUGUGGUUGAUGGUUGGACUACUUUCAACUCUGCAACUCUUGCUGUAACUGCGGUAGGCUUCCUCGCUGUUGAUAUAACUAUCCGAAACACGGCGGGACCGAACAAACAUCAGGCAGUGGCGCUCCGAAGCGGCGCCGAUCUUUCGACAUUCUACCGCUGUAGCUUUGAAGCUUAUCAGGACACCUUAUACACUCAUUCCCAAAGACAAUUCUACAGAGAAUGCGACAUUUACGGCACAGUAGACUUCAUUUUUGGCAACGCCGCCGUUGUACUUCAGAACUGUAACAUUUAUCCCCGGCUUCCGCUUAAGGGCCAGUUUAAUGCCAUAACGGCCCAAGGGCGGACCGACCCGAACCAGAACACAGGCACUUCCAUCCAAAACUGCACCAUUAGUCCCAGUGCUGACUUGGCCGCGGCCAACGCCGCCACUGCAGCCGGAAAUGGCUCGUUCACAAAGUCCUACCUGGGGAGGCCCUGGAAGGAAUAUUCUCGAACAGUCUACAUGCAGUCCUUCAUCGAUGGUUUUAUCGAAGCCGCUGGUUGGCGUGAGUGGAGCGGGGAUUUCGCAUUGAGUACUUUGUAUUACGCAGAGUAUAGUAACUCUGGUUCUGGGUCGAAUACCACCAACCGGGUCAAUUGGACGGGUUACCACAUGAUCAACGCUACGGACGCUGCCAAUUACACGGUCUCGACGUUUUUGCUGGGUGAUGUUUGGUUGCCUCAGACGGGUGUGCCUUAUAGUGGAGGUUUAAUAUGAAGCUUAUAUUUUUCGUAAUUAAUUAUAACCAUUUAUAUUUAUUAUAAAUUAGUGUCUUUAUAUGUACGCACGCACAAGUUAUUAAAGAUGAUGUCGAACAAAUUAAGUUCGACUAGAGUAAUUAGCUAAUUAAUUCAAUGCAUAAUGAAAAUCACCUGUUUCCAAAUUUGGACC